AUGAAUACUAACGUAGAUAAAUUUAUAAAAAUUGAUUUAAAUAUAGGUGAUCAGUUAACAUCGAUAUCUUGUGGGCAUAUAGUUGUGGAAUUAAUAAAAUUUCUAGCAUAUCAAAGACUACAAAUUCCGUAUACCUAUCCAUGGUUAAAACAGCUUAUAACUAAGAGAAAGGCAAUUGAAAAUAAAAAGGAAAGUUAUCAGUCCGAAAGACAUUUUCACAUAGCAUCCACAGCUUUAGAAAAUCUUGAUUUUAUCAUUAAAAGCCUAUUAAAAGAAAUUGAUAGUGCCGUAUUGCCUGAAGAAAUUUGCAUUGCAUUAGGUGCGACUCCGGUCAGUUGUAAAGAAAUAUAUAGGAUCCUUAUGCCCCAUGCAUGCCAUAAACCUCAGUGCCAUUCCAACAACAUUGCAAGUGACCAAAAAAUACAGAAAAGUGUAUUUAGAAAUUUAGUGACAUCAGACAAAUUGAGCAAAGUAUUCUUUGACAGUCUUGCACCUACUAAUAUGUAUGUAUUUGUCAAGAAGAUCCCUUUAAACAACCAAGAUGUUGUAUGUAGUGAUCAAUUUGUGCUUAUUAAUGGGUAUAAAAUACCAAAAAGCUGUAAAGUCAUUGUAUUGGACUUCAGAAGCCAUAAUCCCGACAAUAUAUCAUGUUGCAAUAAGUUUGAGGUUUUUGGGGAUGUAAUCAGCAAUAGUAUUGGGAAUUUAGUACUCGAUGAUAGUACACAAGAGAAUUACUUUAGCGAUAUUGAAUCAUCAAAUAAAGUUAAAUGGUUCCAGUCAAGUUAUGUUAUGAAAGGAUUCAAAGAUUCCUUCAUCAACGGCUGUUCAGUAACCAAUACAUGGCUAGAUUCAUGA